AUAAUAUGGGCAAAUGAAUUUAUUACAUAAGCGUUUGAUUAUAUUUCAUAGGUCAUCACGUGCUUUUUAGGCGCAUGUUACAAACUUAGUGUUACCUGACAACUUCUAAACUCAUGGAGGAUGGAAAGUCAUCUAAAGGGAUACUAAAAAAGUCGUCAGUUGAACAGCGUCAGAAAAGUUUUCAGUGGGAUGAAUCAAACAUUUUGGCCACCUAUCAUCCUGCAGACAAAACUUACGGUCAUAUGAAAAUCGAAGAACCGAAAACGCCGUACGUUUUUGAAUCAGAAGAUAAUGUCGGGAAACCGUCUUUUUCCCCAGAGGACUUGGCAGCUCGUUUAGCUGCUACUGUUGAAGAUCCUGAAAAACAACUGCCACGUACAACCGUACUCGGUAAUGAAGACGAAGAACAUCAGAGGAGAUUUCGUGAAAAGCGGAAGCAACAUUAUAAUGAAUUUUUGGCUGUGAAGUUAGCGAAAGAAAAUUUACGUAAUGACGACGAUGAUGAAGAAGUGGAGGAGAAGAAUGAAGAUGAAGAAAUCGAAGAUGAUGAAGAAAUCAGGCAUAAUGUAGAACAGGCAGCAAUUAAUGCUCGCCUAA